AUGGCUAAGGCGGCAGUACUGCAUCUGUUAGGUAUUAUAUACUCUACACUUCGUUCGAUUUGACAUUUGACAAUCCAAGAAAGGCGGAUCACCUCGAGCACAGUUAAAUGCACCAGCAAAGGCAUCGUUUUAAAUAUGAGUCGACAGGGAACGCGAGAUCAAAAUGAUAUAUCGCUGAUAAUUGGGACGCUGCCGAAGCGUCUGCAAAAGAAAAUCGCGGCCAGCUGCAGCCACGCAACAGUGGAAAACGCUGAGAAUGCGGAGCCCCCAAGGCCAGUCACGAUCCUGAGCAAUAAUGCAACGGCGGUGAUUAAGCCCAAGGCGACCGUUCUGGAAACCAGCGUGUCAGCUGGCAGCCCAAAACUGCCGCGGGAAGGCGGGAUCCCGGGAAUCCUACGCGUGGCAGUCAUAGAUAGUAGUGGCGGGAAUGGAAAAGACGGUGUCAGUGGCAAAUCCCACAACGCUCGGCGUAGAGGACGCAGCCACGUCGGCAAGGACAACAAGGAGCACGCUUCAAAGUCGCCAGUAACACGUCCUCGUCUGACCACCGAGCAUCCGGACUGGUUUGAACCACUUCUGAACUUUCCUAAUGCCAAGGAUAUAGUCCAGCUUUAUGACCAGCUGCAGGUGCUGCUGCAGCGGAACCUUCUACUAAUUAACUGGAAAAACUUCUGUUACAUUCUCAACCAGCUGCAGGAUGUCUUCAAGCAGCUGCUUUUGGAGCAGCUUAAGUUCGUUUGCGAGCACAAGGUUGAUGUAUUUUUCUGGAAACUUCUAUUCUACAAUGUGCGCGACCAUCUGAAGCGCCAGAAUACGGAUCAGGCUCAUGCCCACACCUUAAUGCUGAUUGAGCAGUCCAUUAAGUUCUAUCGGGUGAUCUACGACCAGAUGAUGAAGAGGCUGGGGACUUCUUCGCGAUGUGAGAGUGCCGUCAAGGUGGUGGCUCAGCGCCUGUUAAUCUGCCUCGGCGACCUUUCUCGCUAUAGGGUAAACCAUGUCCAGGCUACGGACUAUCUGGAGGCAGCUAGAUACUAUCAACGUGCCCAGGAACUGGUGCCCGGCAAUGGGGCACCCUACAAUCAACUGGCGGUGAUUUCAAUCUACCACCACAAACGUUUCGAUGCAGUUUACUACUAUGUACGUAGUUUAUUGACUUCAAACUCCAUCCAAACGGCAAAGGAAAGCCUUUUGGACCUUUUUGAUGAAAUCCGCCGCAAAUAUGAGGAGAGCGAGAUGAAGCAAUCGCCUCUACACUCGGCAGCAGCGCCAAAAAAUCAAAAGUCAAAGCAGAUGCGUAAAGAGGUGUGGAUAUAUCCGGAUGGUAUACGAUGCCUUCAUCGCACCGACGUCAAAGGACACAAGGGAAAGGUAAACAAGGUAUCCUUAGCAGAGGUGAAUCGAUAUGAGGAGAUGGCACCCGAGGAAUUGAUGCCGCGAGUUAUGUCCCUUUAUCUCUACCUGAUUGGCAAGCUCUACACAGGCACUGAUGUGGACACGUUGUACCAGCUGCUGAGAAAGCUGCAGAUUCAAAUGAGCGCCGCUCUUAAGCAUGACAACCUCAUAACGCGCUCUAAACUGCUGAAAAUAGUGGCGCUAAACUUAUUUGUCGUCGAGCACAACAAGCGCAAAACUUCACGUCGCGAGAUGCGUUAUCACAGCUUCAAUUUUGCCAACUCACUGUUUGGUCUAAUGCUGAAAAAGGCGAACCAGUUGCUGGCCGGUUUUGCAGAAAUUUCUACAAACGUCCAAUGCCUUCCCGAUGAAGACUACGUUACUGUCAAUACUUACUUGCAGUUCGUGAAGGUAUACGUACAUUGGUUGGGCAUCAACGUAGAUUUGUGGGAGCCAGUGAGAACGGAAGAACAUUCCUUUAUCGAUUGCUGGGCUGAGUUAUCUGUACUUUUUCAACAAAUCGAAUGCGUACUGGGAAAGCAGAAAAACAGAAAGGAAGCCAUCAUGUUGGACGAGGAAAUUGCUCUGAGCGGCUUCAAUCCCUUGGGUCGUGAUACCGCUAGCAAGGAUUUGAAUAAACGAGGAGCCGAACGCGCCCAGUUUUUUGAACGCCUGCGUAGGAUUUCUGAAUUUCGGGACUGUUUCGCUCAGCACCAGGAUGCACUUCAACAACCGCUGGACUCAAGCUUUACCAUUGAGGAUCUGAAUGCAGCCAUGAAGGACGCCCUAAACAACUUUGAUGCAGAGAGUUGUGGACUCACGGCCAAGACAUGCAACGAUCUUCAGGCCCAAACAACUGGCGAAGAUAUUGAGGAGUGCCCCUCUACUGAUGCCGAUGUUUCAGAGCUGUGUAGGCUCAAGAAAGAGCUGGAAGCCAAGGCCAAGGUUAAACAAAUUUGCAAUAACAAGCUAGAGGAGAUCCUUAAGUUUGUGGACACAAAAAUUUAUAUAGAGGUACGUCCCAGAUAUCUGCUGCCAGAUACCAAUUGCUUUAUCGACUGCCUGGAGGACAUUGAGAAGUUGUCUAUGGAGUUCAAGCGCUACACGCUUAUAAUUCCACUGACGGUAGUUAAGGAGCUGGACGGCCUCUCCAAGGGUGUCAAAUUAGAAUCGUAUCGGAACUCGAAGCAAACACAGCGCAUUCACCACUUUGACGAGGUGUCCUCCCGAGCCAAGAAAUCUCUGGAGUUUAUUAAGUCAGCCAAGAGCAAUGUGAAGUGUGCCACCACAAAGGGUUCGUUUGUUAACGCCUCGGUAUUUGCCCUGGUUGAGGAAGAGUAUCUCUCCAACGACGACAAAAUUCUGGCAACAGCAGUAGCUGUCUCAAAAUCUUCCAAAACGGAACAAUGCCAGGAUGGAAAGUGUUUUAUUCAAACGGAACUGGUGCUCAUCACCACCGAUCGUAAUCUGCGGGUUAAGGCCCUGACUCGCAAUUUGGCGGUAAGUGCUUUGGAUGAGUUCCUGCAAUGGGCCAAGGAUUGCCGCGAAUCAACCUGAAAGGGAAAUUCCAAUGCAAGUGGUGUGCGCUGACAAGGAAUAUGGACUCGCGCCAGUUAACAAUUGCUGUGCGGUGCGAGCUCGAGCUAUUAUAUUACCUACAUUAUACACAAAAUGACUAUGUAUAUCGGGGUCGGCAGGCAAUUCCAAUUGAAGACAGAGACGCCGAUCACGGAAACGUACAUGACGUGGGUUCCUGAGGACUGGACAGGAAGAGGAUACACAGUCGCUGACCUUCUAGUGUUUUCCCGGGUAAAUUAUUGAUGUUUUGUCGGACCACAUAUUUGGUUGGCUCACGGUCAUCAAGUUUGUCCUUUCUCAAUUUCUUCAAAUGUACUUUUUGCAAAUUUCGGAAAAAUUAAAUCAGUUUGGAUUGUUGAAGGA